AUGAACUAUUUAAAAGAUUUCGAUAGAAAUGCGGAGAUAAAUGAGUCAUUCGUCAAUGAUCUUAUGGAAUAUUAGUAGAAAAAAACGAUAUAGUUUUCAUAAUACAAGCCUGAACCAAGACAUAACCCAUCUAGCAGGGCUUUGAAGUAUAAUUUGGGUGAGAUGAUCAAAGAACGAUUAAAUAUACAAAAUAUAAUUACUAAUCACAAUAGCAGGCAAAUCAAUAGAUCUCAAAACAAUUAAAUCAGCAGAAUAGAUAUAAGACACAGGUAAUCAUUGAUUUCAGAAUCAAGGGACAAGAUUGAAUCAUUUAACAAUUCAAACCUCUUUUCAGAUGUGCAAAUUGAUGAUACAAUACAAAGAGAGAAGAAAAUUCAAGCUUAUCAGAACUACCUAUACCCUUAAAACCCAGAAAGUAAUAACUGCAAUACUGACACUGAGAUGAACUAAGAAAACAAUGAAAUGCUUGAAGAAUCUAAAAUUUCUAAUGCCAAUCAUUAAAUAGCGCAAUAGCAAUACUAGCAAAAAUAGUAUCAGAGCUAAUAUACUUCAUUCACCAAUUAAAAUGGCAGAAAUGACAAUGAUGUCGAGAUGAGAGAUAUUCCUCACUAUUCUCUGAAUGAAUCUCUAAUUGAAAGCUAAUCUGAUUUGUAGUCACUCUACGAGAUGAAGAGUUUCCCUUACCAAGACAAAAUUUGUUAAAAGUGUCUAUACUACUGGGAUAAAGAACCUUAUGGGUCCAUUAUUUUUCUUGAAACUGGUUCUGGCAAGAGUUAUAUUGCAAUUAAGAUGAUUCAACAUAUUUUUGGGUUUCCAUUAGAAUUAAAUCUGCUAAGUGAGGAGAAAAUGCUUUAAAAGAGAUAAAAACAAAUCAUAAAGAAAGCAUUUGAUCCCUAACAUUUUCAAAAUCAUGAUAUCUUCAUCUGCAUUAGUAAAAAGUUCUAUGAUCUCAUGCUGCACGGAGUCCUCAGUUUCAAGGAUAUUGAUCUCCUAAUUUUUGACGAAGCACAUCAUUGUGAAUAGGAUCAUUUUUAGCUUUAAGAAUUUGGAAUAAAAACAAGAAUCUUAGGACUUACAGCAUCUCCAGUCAAAUCCAAAAUAAUGGUUGAUGAUAUCUACAAGUUCACUCUUAAAACGAAUCUCUAGACACUGUCAAAUAAUCUCUACUCUAGAUUUAUCCCAAUUGAGUAGCAUGAUCUUAAUUAAAUGAAGAAUCAGGCUUAUGUGUAUGUGGAAACAUAUGACUCUAAGAUAUCUGAAAAUAUUGAUUUUGUAAGUAGGAUAGAGCAAGAACUGAUAAAACCACUCUUAGACCUUGUUUAAAUUAAAUUGGAAAUUUACAAAAUGAUUGAUCUUAAUGAGAAAAAGAGUAGCCAGUCUGAAUAACUUAUGAAACUCUGCAAUCGAAAUCUAUUGUAGCAGUCCAUCGAUGCCUAGGAUAUUUAGAUGGAAAAAUUCAUCAGUGGCAGACUUAAACUGAUAGAACUUGAUAUUGACUUAUCGAAGAAACAGAUAGAUUUGGGCUUCUUCAACAAUGACUAGGAUAGAACUAUAGUAAUUCUUGCCAUUACUCUUCUAAAAAAUAUUAACAACUUGAUUAUUGAGCUUGGUCAGCAUGGAGUAAACUUCUUUAUUCACGAUUUAAACAAAGAAAUCAUUUAAUAACAAGGAAAAAUCGAUUCUAAGAAAUAGAAGAUUGAAUAGAUUUUCUAGUAGUACAUUCAUAAUCUUCAAUUGCAUCUUACCGAUCCAAUAGAGCUGUCUGUCGAUAGAUCCUUAAAUGAAAACUACUAUUUGUCUGGUAAGGUUAAUGAAUUGAUAAGGAUUCUGGAAAAAGAGUAUGAGAGUAGAAAGCAGUAGGAAUAAAACUAAAAUCUAAAGGCAAUCAUUUUCGUGAAGGAUAGAAUAGUAGCUGAAUAUUUAAAGAGGAUACUAGAGUCUAGAUAUAACUAGUAGAACAAUUAGAGUGACCUUAGUAGAGUACUAGAUGAUAAAUCGUUAAAUUUAGAUGAUGGGUUCAGCAUUGAUGAUGAAGAAUUACAGUAGCAAUAAUUAAACUAUCAAUCCAAUUCCAAAUUCAAAUUUGGACUGGCUAUUGGAUACUAGGGUAAAAGUAUGAUGAACAAAGCUUACAAAUCGACCAAGGUGCCAAAGAAUGAUGACAUCGAAGAUUACAUUUGUUCAUUACCUAAGUUUUCCCCUGUACAGUUAUCGAAUCAAAAGCUCAAUGAAACUAUUAUGAAGUUCAGAAAGGAUGUUAUUAAUGUACUAAUUGCCACCAGUGUGAUUGAGGAAGGGUUAGAUGUUUCUAGUUGUAACUUGGUUAUUUGCUUAAAUGAGAUUCUAAGCGUGAAAUCAUUCAUUUAAACUAAAGGUAGAGCAAGACAAUCCAAUUCAAAAUUUAUAUUUCUUUGCGCUCAUGAGGAAAAGGACAAAUACAACACUGAAAUAUCAGGAUUCAAUUAAACCAUUAGGAUUAUUUAAGAGAUAGCUUAUGAUCAAGAGGAAAGUGUUGUCCCUGAUUCGAAGAUCAUAGAAAAGAAAAUAAUGAAUCAACCACCUUCUUUAAGAACUCCUCUUUAGGCAAAAUGCUCAAUGAGAGAUGCACCUAGUCUAGUCAAGUAGUUAGUGCAAGAGCUAAACCAAGGUCUCUCUGAUAAAUAAUUUGACUUGUCCAUGAUAUUCCAUCUCAGAGAUCAAAAUUAGGCUUACAUUAAUUGCGUGAAUCAGCACUAAGAGUUAAGAUUUGACAUGAGCCGAUUGAAAAUUAAUAUCAUUGUCAUUACAGACGAAAAGAGAAAUAAAAAUUAGCAAUAAUUCUCAAGCACUCUAAUAAUGCCUCAUAGCCUUAAAUGUCUGAUUAGUCACAUCAAAGAUACAUAGCUAUUCAGCAAGAAGAAUGAGGCUGAAAACCAUGUAUAUCUGCUAGCCUUGUUCUAUUUCUAUGAACUGGGAUUCUUAGAUCAGAACUUGUACUCUAAUUUGGAAAGUAUCAGAAAAUAUCCAUCAAUAAUAAAAAAAUUGAAUAAUAUUUAACCUGAACCGAAAAUUAAAGUGCAGGUUAUAUAGGAUCCAAAUGCUCCUAAAUAGCCAUCGAAGAAGGAAUAGAAUCUCCAUGAUAGAGAACUUCUCAAUGAAGAAUCUAAGUUAUUUCAAUAGCAAACCAAGGAAAGAGGGAAUAAAUUUAGCUUUUAAGUAAAGAAAGACCUCAUUAAUAAGACUUUCAAUCAGAGAGUAGAGUAUCAUACUGAGCAAGUGAAUGAAUCCGCUAUGGACGUGGAUUAUGAGAAUUAGUCUACUAUUGAAAAACAUUUUAAAAAGAAGCUAUACGCUAUUGUCAUUCACGGACUUGAUGAUGAAUAUAAUAACAACAAUUAUCCAUUUCUUGACACAAAAUAGCAUCUUGGCAUUAUUUAAGAUGAAGAUUUGGAGGAUAUUAGAUACCAAUACAAUCUUCAGUAAGACGUCAAGCAAAAGCAAAAGAAUAAGUUUUAUCUUGAAAAUCUUUGGAAUUUCAAAAAUUUUGACGAAGCCAUUUUAUUUCAAAAGAUUUAAAUGUCAGAUGAGCUUAAGUUUACCAAAUCUUCCUUCGAAAUCAAAGACUUUGGCCCCUACAGCUCACUCUGGGAAUUUUCAAAUAAGCUUAAUCUAUUUCACACAUGGAUCUUUUUUAUGAUUUACAACAACUAGCACCAAUUCUUUUAGAGACUCAUAAUGGGAAAAUUUAGCUUUAGCUAUCUAUUUUAGACAGUAUUUCAACUUAUAAUCAAAGACAAAAGAAUUACUCUCAGAGAAAAUAGAGGGUUCUUGCAGUAUGUUUACGAGUUGAAUAAGGAAUAAGUCUGGGGUAAUGAGUAAUUUGAUCCCAAAAAAAUUCACGACUAAAAAAAAAUUAAUAUUUAGACUUACAUUAUUCCUAUCAAGGAUUAGAAUGGUGUGAAAGAGAUAAAUUUCAAACUUAUCGAUUAGCUUGAAUCUUAUAUAAAAGUAGAGAUGAUAAAGUUCUUUUUUUCUGAUUACCAAGUACACAAGACUAUCUAAAACUUAGGUCUUGAGCAUGAUAUUUACUCAAAGUUCUUGCUCUAUAAAGAAGAAAACUAGUUUAAGAAUAUUCACAAUAAUUCUAUUUUAGAUGAGGAUAUUGAAAUGAAAAUGGAGGAUAGUUUAGAAAAUUAAAUCUCUCAUUCAUAAAUUGUAAUGAGAUAACCUAAGUUCAACAACCUCGAGUAUAUUUAAGUUUGCGAGAGCAACCAUAAUCUAUAUUAGAUCAUGAGUCUGAAGAAAUAAACUGAUAAACUUUGGCAUAAAAAGCAAAUUCAUCUUCUCCCAAAUAAGUAUAAAAGAGAGUAUCCCAACGUUCAUGAGAAUACUUUGAAGGCAAUGUAUGGAGAAAACUUAACUCUAUAGGAGCAUUAUUUUGCAAAGACAGGUAUAUAUUUAGAUAAAAAGGAGAAUUAGAUUUUCUUCAAGUGCAGUAAGAUGAGACAUUUUCUGGAUUACUCUUAGUAAAAGACUCCAGAGGAUGGGGAAAAGACUAAUAGUAAAUAUCCAGAAUAACACUCCUCUAUCAACACUGAAUUCGAUGUACCACUGCAACUUCUAGGCCUAACUCCUUUCACCUAUGAACAAUACUAAGUACUUCAGUCUACUUGCUUUCAUCUAUCAUAAAUAAAUGAGAUGCAAAUAGUAAGACAGUUUAUUAUCAAAUUCUACUCAAAGGUGAAAAUCAUCAAUGGAGAUCCACUUAUAAAUCUUUAACUAGAACAUCCUGUUUUAAAUAUCCAUUAAAUUGCCUUGCAACCACCGGAUUCUAAUACAUUCAGAACAGCUGCUGACUUUUUCUUGUAUGAUCCAAGCUGUAUAAUUGAAGCAUUAAGUUCUCCAACUGCAAAUAGACCUAUAGAUUAUGAAAGACUGGAAUUUUAUGGUGAUAGUGUGAUAAGCUUCCUAGUUAUUUUAGAGCUUUUUCUUUGUGGGUCUAAAUCUUGGAGUGAAGGAGAUCUUGAUUUUAAUAGAAUCAAGAAAGUAUCUAAUAGAAAUUUCAUUAACAUCAAUGAGAGAAUAGGUCUAUAUUAGUACAUGAUCUCUGAGCAGGCUAAAAUAUAUAAUGACUACGUUCCAGUUGGAUUUGAAACUCAAGACUAUAUGCAAAAUAUCAAGUUAAAACACCUCAAUGAACUUACCACUAAAAUUAUUCAUUUGAAGAAGCAGGCAUUUUUCAUUGAGCUAGAAAAGAAGAAGAACUUCUAAUAGUGUAUUAAUGACUUCGUUACUGAAGAAUAUAUUGAACUGACAAAACUCUUUAUAACGUAAAGAGACCUUAACCUUUAUCUAGUUGAAAAACACCCAAAAGCUAUAUAAAUCAUUGAAGAGGAAAAAAUGCUGAGCUAUUAAACAAGUGAAUGCUUAUUAACUAGAAUCGGUUAAAGAUGGAUAAACGAAUUGUCUCUGAAAAUUCCUCAACUUAAGGAAAUCGUUGUUAAUGAGAAUAUCAAGAAGUGCUACAGGAAAUUGGAUGAUGAAAUGAAAAAGAGAUACAAAAGUGACUAAAUUCCCAAUCGCGAGAAAAAGCUAUAUUAACCUAAAUAGCUGGCAGAUGUGGUAGAAUCGAUCACUGGUGCUCUAACUUUCAAAACUAAUUUAUUCACAACCUAGAGUUUCCUGAAGAGCGAGAUAAAGUUAUUAGAACAUGAAGUUGAAGAAUAUGACAGAGAACUAGAUCAGCUUAGAUUAGGUGAAGUUUAGCUUACAGAUGAACUGUCCUCAUAAAUUGCACAAUUAGAGGGGCUACUUGGUUACAGUUUCUAAUCUAAGCAUCUUGUCUUAUAAGCACUUACUCAUAAAUCGACAAAGGAGCAUUCAAGUCAAGUUUAAGGAUCCUAUCAUGACUAUGAGAGAUUAGAAUUCUUUGGAGAUUCUAUUUUGAACUUUUUAGUAGCUCAAUACUAUUUCUUAACUACUCAAUUCGAUCCUGAUCAUAAUAAACCUAAAUAGCUUCAUAAGUAUAAAACAUCGGUUGUUAAUAAUGUGCUAUUGAGUUUGAUUGUUAUCGAAAAAGGGAUAUAUAAUAGUAUCAUCUACAACCAGUAGUCAAAGCAAUUCAAAGAUUAAUUUGAUAAGUACGUACAGGAAGUACAAAUUAGAAUCAAUAACGCAUAAACAAUGGAUAUUGCUAGAUAUUUCUAUUUGAAUAAUAUUUAUGGUUAAAGAGACAAGAUUGAGAUUUCACACCGUUUAGGUUACUUCAUAACCAGAGACCCAAUAGAUUAUGAUUAAGGGAGAAAUCACUAAAUUAAUAAUCAAUAAUAUCUUAAUAAUGCUAUCAAUGUAGAUUAGAGAGAGUUGCAAAAAUUAGGAGUGAUUGAUUUAGAUGAGUUGCAUGAGUCUAGUUUAAAGAUUUUUGGUGAUAUUUUUGAAAGCAUAAUUGGAGCUAUAUUCAUUGAUUCAAAGAGUCUAGAAAUAACUUCCCAGAUCCUUUUCAACUUACUCAAACCCUAUAUGGUCGUGUAUGGAAAUAUUGAUCCAGCUCUUGAUCAUAAAAGAACUGUGCUUUUGGAACUUUGGAAUUCAAAAGUCUAUUCUAAAAACUUAAAGCUUUGGCAUAAACUGUAAAUUUUAUUUUCAUUUUGA